AUGGGCGCAGUGAACUCUUCUGCUGCUGACGGCUCUGCGGAGCCUGCUGCAGCACUAUGGUUCGCACAGAGCGAGCAGCAGCAGCAGCAGCAGCAGCAGCAGCAGCAGCAGCAGCAGCAGUGUGCGGCGGGAGAGUGGUCGGACUCCCAGGCGUCGCUCUCAGAGGACGAGGUUCUGCCGGCCGCUGCUGCUGCUCCCCCUGCUGCUGCUGCUGCUGCUGCUGCUGCUGCUGCUGCUGAGGCGCCGUGGGCUGCAUGCGCUGCAGCUCCUCAGAAAGGCCUGAGGACCAUUGGUGUUGAGGCGCUGCUGCAGCUGCCCAAGCUGGCCCUUGCUGCAGCACUUUGGCCCGAGGAGGCUGUGGGGGGGG